AUGUCGAGCUUCCGCCGCAACAAGUUUUGCCCGUGCUUUCAUGUUCUAAAAGACUGCAACGAACCUUUGGAAAUUUACAUCGAACAUGCGCACGACAGCCCUCCCAGCAGUGCAACGCCGCACCGGACAGGCUCGUCGACUUCAGGAGUUGAUGGCGUCGGUUCCUCGAACCUCAAUCCAGUGCUUCGCGCCGGUUACGUGGUACUGCAACAAGACUUGAUUAAAUACACCAUGGAAACAUUCACUGCCACCCUCUUUGACCAGCAUCGAGGGCAGAACUUAGUACCAUGCAGUAGCUGUUGCAUGGAGAUCAAGGCUUUCAUUUUGGCUGCAGCUUGGUAA